AUGGAUUUAUCAAAGAUCUCAAGCCUAGGGUUCGUGGGAUUAGGGGCCAUGGGACUUCCCAUGGCCGGCCACCUUGCUGCUAAGCUGCCCGAGAACGUGCACAUGUACGUCUAUGACAUCAACCAGUCGAGUGUGGACCAGCUGCACCACGACUACCCGCAGAGAGUGACCAAGUGUUCGAGCGCGAAAGAGGUGGCGGAUAAAUCAGAUGUCAUCAUGACAAUGCUACCCGAAGGGAAACACGUCCGCCUGGUAUAUAUGGAGGGUAGCGGCGACACGACCAUCUGUUCCAGCGACGUCUCGGGGAAGCUGCUGAUCGACUGCUCGACAAUCGACACGGCCAGCAGCCUGGCAGUCAAGGACUAUGUCAACCAGAAAUUCCCCACGACGGCCUUCUACGACGCCCCCGUGAGCGGCGGCGUGGUAGGCGCGCAAAAGGGCACCAUCGCCUUCUUCCUGGGCUGUGACGGCGCAGACCCGAACUUGCCUCAACUCACCCGCCUGUUGAGCCUGAUGGGCAAGGAAGUGAUCCCCUGCGGCGGCCCGUCCAAGGGCCUCGCGGCCAAGCUGUCCAACAACUACCUCUCGGGGAUUAUCGCCAUCGCCGUCUCCGAGGCCAUGGACAUGGGGAUGCGCUCGGGUUUGGAUCCGCGGGUGCUGCACAAGGUCUACGGCGCGGGCACAGCGCAGAACACCAUCUGCGACCGUUUCUGCCCCGUGCCGGGUGUGUACGCUGAGGCACCGUCGUCCAAGGGAUACACCAAUGGUUUCAAGGUGCAGUUGAUGCGCAAGGACUUCUCGUUGGCUCUGGAGAUGGCCAAGCGCGUCGGCGCCAACAACGUCCUGGGCGAGGCUGGCCUGGCCACCUACGACGGCGCCAGCAAGGAUCCCCGGUGCAUGGAUCUGGACUCUCGGGUGGUGUUUCGGUACUUGGGCGGAAACGAGGAUUGGCAAAAGGACGCCGACGAGGCUACGGCCAGCAAGCUGUCAUGA